CUCGGCAGGUUCCGAAGUCCGGCAUGGGUCACAUGAUAGACGCGCCGGUGACGAUGCGAGUGACAGUAACGCCCUCAUUUCAACCUUUCGCGACCACCAACGAUGCGGAUAGAAGAACUCGUCCUGGAAGGAUUCAAGUCCUAUCCAGUUCGAACCCAAAUUACUGGCUGGGACCCGUCUUUCAACGCGAUUACUGGGCUCAAUGGAUCCGGGAAAUCAAACAUUCUCGACGCGAUUGCGUUUGUGCUUGGGAUAACUAACAUGUCCGUGAUGCGUGCGGCAAACCAGCAAGACCUCAUAUACAAGCGCGGACAAGCAGGAGUCACAAAAGCAAGCGUCACUAUCGUCUUCGACAACUCAGACCGCUCCAAGAGUCCCCUUGGGCUGGAGGAUCAAAAGCAGAUUACCGUUACUCGUCAGGUGGCGCUUCCCAACGUUUCAAAAUACCUCCUCAACGGUCACAAAGCUCCUCAACAAACCAUCCAAAAUCUCUUCCAGUCCGUCCAGCUCAACAUCAAUAACCCCAACUUCGUCAUCAUGCAAGGGCGCAUCACCAAGGUGCUCAAUAUGAAGCCUCAGGAGAUUUUGGGCAUGGUCGAGGAAGCAGCCGGAACGCGGAUGUUUGAGGAUCGAAAGGACAAGGCAAAGAAGACAAUGGCAAAAAAGGAGAAACGCGUUGACGAAAUCACUGCGGUGCUGCAGGAAGAAAUUGCACCUAAGCUUGACAAGCUUCGGAAGGAGAAGAAGGCGUUCCUGGACUACCAGAAGGCUGUAGAACAGCUAGAGCUUCUUGGGAAGAAGCUGCACGCGUUAGAGUGGCACGAUGCGAAACAGAGGGUCGACUCGAAGGAGAAAGAGGCUGAGCAGAAGCGAGAGGAGGUCAGGACGCGGCAGGAUGAGAAAAAGAAGGGGACACGAGAUUUGAAGGCUGCCGAGGAAGAUGCUGCCGAGGUGCAGAAGAAGAAGGAUGCUGAGAUGCGAAAGGGCGGCAAGCUAAGCAAGUUGGAGGGAGACGUAGUUGAGCUGGACAAGGAGCUCACCAAGCUGCGAACGCAAGUUCAGCUAAAGGAGAGCUCUAUCAUGGAUGAUGACAAGAGCACCGAAAAUGCCAAAGACGAGAUACGGCGGCUUGAAGCUUCAUUAGCCCAGCAGCAGACCGAAGUGGAGAAGAUUACGGCUGAACAUACCACCGUCAAGGACGUCCACUCAAAGAUUCAGCAAAAGCUUACAUCCGAUGAAGAGCUGCUGCAGUCAUUAUUGACUGGGCUUUCUUCGAACCGUACAAAUACUAACGGCGGGGGUUAUUUAGGCCAGAUUGCGGAGGCGCGAGCCAGGGGUGCUCAGGCACGAGCAGAGGAAGAACAGAGCAGAAUUACGUUGUCGAUGCAGGAGAAGGAUCUCAAGGAUCGACAAAAUCGGUGGAAGGAGGUUGAACGCGACGCGGGGGAAGGCAAGCGGAGGAUCCAAGCACUCAAGACAGACCUCGAGCGAUAUAGGCGGCAAGCCGAAAAAUGCGGAUGGAACAGAGAGAUGGAGGAGACUUUCGAGAGCCAGCUUAGGGACCUAAAGGCACUUAUUCGUCAACUCAUCGACAGACGCGACUACGUCAAGCAGAAUCUAGGAGGGCUCGACUUUGAUUACCAGGCACCACCCAACUUCGACCGGCAGAACGUUAAGGGUCGUCUAGCGACACUGGUCUCGCUCGCCAAGGGAAACUACAACAAGGCCGCAGCUUUGGAGGCUACAGCUGGUGGACGGCUGUACAAUGUCGUCGUCAAGGACGAGAAAGUCGGCAAGGAUCUACUGACAAACGGGAACCUUAGAAAGAAAGUGACGGUUAUUCCUCUCAACCAGAUCCAGCCUUCUUCAGUCCCUCCCCAAAAGGUCUCUCGGGUAGAACAGCUCGUCGCGGGAAAGGCCAAGGUUGCGCUCUCAUUGGUUGGCUACCCUGACGAAGUGAAGAAUGCCAUGGCGUAUGCGUUUGGAAGCACCUUCGUCUGCGAGGACGCUCAGACGGCGAAGACUGUAACGUUCAACAAGGAGAUUGGAGCGCGCACUGUGACGUUGGAGGGUGAUGUGUACGAGCCUUCGGGGACGUUGAGCGGAGGGUCUGCGUCGCAGAGUAGUGGUGUGUUGUUGAGGGUGCAGGAGCUCAUCGAGGCGGAAGCGAAGCUAGCUGAUGUUCAAGGCCUGUUGGUGGUGCAUGAGACGGAUGGAGAGAAGAACCGGAAGAAGAGGGAAGAUUGGAAGGCUUUGGAGAGGCAGAUUGAGAUGAAAGAGCACGAAUUACAGUUGUUGGAACGCCAAGUUGGGGGAAGUACCGCUGGUAGAGUAAGAUUUUGUGCUUCUCAUUCUCAAGCGAGUUGAGCCUAACUGUGUAUGUAGCUCGAGGACGAUAUCAAGACGCUAUCACAAAGCAUUCAAGCGCUGCAGAAGAACGUCCACGAUGCGAAGGAGAAGCAAAAGACAGCCGACGAGCAAUGCAAGAAGCUUCAACGCGAUAUGGAUGAGUUCAAGAAUAACAAAGAUGGCAAGAUCGACGAACUAAAG